UCCGGCGGCCCCACCCGGCACAGACUGCUCGGGACAGGACCGAGCACGGGCCGCGCGUCGCCUCAGACCGGACUCCAGCCCGCCUUCUGCAGGCCGCCUACCCUAUCGAAGACACGCCCUCCAGGGCCCUCGCAGGCAGCAGCUCCCCACUUGCCUCCCUCGGUGCUGCCACCAUGUUCAGCUGGCUGAAGCGGGGCGGGGCCCGGGGCCAGCAGCCCGAGGCCAUCCACACGGUGACCUCGGAGCUCAAGGAGCUGUACCGCAGCAAGCUGCUGCCGCUGGAGGAGCACUACCGCUUCGGUGCCUUCCACUCGCCGGCCCUGGAGGAUGCCGACUUCGACGGCAAGCCCAUGGUGCUGGUGGCCGGCCAGUACAGCACGGGCAAGACCAGUUUCAUCCAGUACCUGCUGGAGCAGGAGGUGCCCGGCUCCCGCGUGGGGCCCGAGCCCACCACCGAUUGCUUUGUGGCUGUCAUGCAUGGCGACACCGAGGGCACUGUGCCCGGCAACGCCCUGGUCGUGGACCCAGACAAGCCCUUCCGAAAGCUCAACCCCUUUGGGAACACCUUCCUCAACAGGUUCAUGUGCGCCCAGCUCCCCAACCAGGUCCUGGAGAGCAUCAGCAUCAUCGACACCCCUGGCAUCCUGUCGGGGGCCAAGCAACGAGUGAGCCGUGGCUACGACUUCCCAGCAGUGCUGCGCUGGUUCGCAGAGCGAGUCGACCUCAUCAUCCUGCUCUUCGAUGCGCACAAGCUGGAGAUCUCGGAUGAGUUCUCCGAGGCCAUCAGCGCCCUACACGGCUACGAGGACAAGAUACGCGUGGUGCUCAACAAGGCCGACAUGGUGGAGACGCAGCAGCUGAUGCGCGUGUAUGGCGCGCUCAUGUGGGCGCUGGGCAAGGUGGUGGGCACGCCCGAGGUGCUGCGCGUCUACAUCGGCUCCUUCUGGUCUCAGCCGCUCCUCGUGCCGGACAACCGGCACCUCUUCGAGCUGGAGGAGCAGGAUCUGUUUCGCGACAUCCAGGGCCUGCCACGUCACGCGGCGCUACGCAAGCUAAACGACCUGGUGAAGCGCGCACGGCUGGCCAGGGUUCACGCAUACAUCAUCAGCUACCUGAAGAAGGAGAUGCCUUCUGUGUUCGGGAAGGAGAACAAGAAGAAGCAGCUGAUCCUCAAGCUGCCCGUCAUCUUCGCCAAGAUCCAGCUGGAGCACCACAUAUCCCCCGGUGACUUUCCUGACUGCCAGAAGAUGCAGGAGAUGCUGAUGGCCCAUGACUUCACCAAAUUCCACUCCCUGAAGCCGAAACUGCUGGAGGCCCUGGAUGAGAUGCUGACGAAGGAUAUCGCCAAGCUCAUGCCCCUGCUGCGGCAGGAGGAGCUGGAGAGCACGGAGGUGGGCGUGCAGGGCGGUGCCUUCGAGGGCACCCACAUGGGGCCCUUUGUGGAGCGGGGCCCAGAUGAGGCGCUGGAGGAUGGCGAGGAGGGGUCCGAUGAGGAGGCCGAGUGGGUGGUGACCAAGGACAAGUCCAAGUACGACGAGAUCUUCUACAACCUGGCGCCGGCCGAGGGCAAGCUGAGUGGCUCCAAGGCCAAGACCUGGAUGGUGGGCACCAAGCUCCCCAACUCUGUGCUGGGGCGCAUCUGGAAGCUGAGCGACGUGGACCGCGACGGCAUGCUGGAUGACGAGGAGUUCGCCCUGGCCAGCCACCUCAUCGAGGCCAAGCUCGAGGGCCAUGGGCUGCCCACCAACCUGCCCCGCCGCCUCGUGCCGCCCUCCAAGCGGCGCCACAAAGGCUCUGCUGAGUGAGCGCUGCCUGCUACCUACCGGCCCUGCUCUCCUUUGCCCUCCCUUGGCUCCCUGGCUCCUCUGGCUGCACGUGCACCCCUGCUCUGACCCACAUGCGCCACCCUGCCCAGCUGUGAGGACAGAGUCCUCCUUCCCUGCUGCCAGAUAGUUGGGUCCAAGCAUUUAGUAGGGACUAGGGGGAGGGCAAGGCUUCUCACUGCCACUUUUUUCACACCUCGUGGCACAUAAUGGCUGCACUGCACCCCACAUACAUAUGUUCAGAUGCAUCACACUGACACUAACACCUGGGCAUCGGCCCACACAUCAUUCAUUCAGAUAUUUAUUGAGCACCUACUACAUUGCCCAGCCCACAUGGAGCUACCAUUCUCAGGAAAGGGAACCCACCGAUCACAAAAGCAUGCUGAAACCUCCCAUUCCUCCUGCCCAGCCAGCAAAGACCCUCCCAUCCUCUCCUGUCCUCAGGUCUUGGGACAACUGGGGCCUCUUGACCUCCUGCUUCCUCAGAUGGAGCCCUCUUUAGUCCCCACCCCUCCUUUUUGGGGAAAGCCUGCAAAUUCUGAUCACACCAUUUCUUUAAUAAAGAUUGUGCAACAGGCAGGAAAACCCCUUCCACCUAGGUCCCUCCUGGAUCAUGGCCCCGUGAAGGGACUUCUGUCCACCACCUGCCCUACAUGGAGUGGCCUUCCUGCCCUGGGGCCCCUCCCUUUCCUCCGCAGGCGCCCCAAUUCUAGGACUGUUGUGGCCCCGCCUCUGCCAGCACUAAAGAGGCACCACUACUGGAUACAAGGGGGCCAGGAUUUCCUCCAUCUCGAUUUCAGGGAUGUCCUGAGGGAAGGUUCUUGGUGCUACAGCCCUACCCCCCUGACGGGACUGUCCCCCACACUUUUCAGUCCUUCACCACAUUAAUGCCUCACCCUGAUGGGGGAUCCCAAGCUGAAGGCGGGGAGGAAUAAACACCUGGAGGCCACGCCCCCUCCAGCUGUGGGCCGGGCUUCCCUCACCCACCGGCGACCCCAUCCGCACCCAUGAGGGGCCCGAGAACUGAAUUGUGUCCCCACUGAGCGAAUAAAGCCCAGGCUUCUCUCCA